CGCAUUGCUUGAGAAGCACGUGUGGACAGUGUGGUAGACGCAUCUUUUGACUUGAAUCGUCAAAUUUGAUUUUUGUUUUGUGUUAAACCGAAUUGUUUACUUUGUCGAAUUUCAACACCAAAAAUGUCUGUCCCUGAUAAAUCUUUAAAAAGAAAAAUGAAAAAGAAAGAGAAAAAAACAAAGUUAGUUGCAGUGAGUGAAAGCAAAGAAGUUAAAGAUAUUGAUAGAAAAAGUGAGCCAUUGGAACUUGAAGAAAAAAAUGAACCAGUUGCAAAAAAAAGAAAAAUAACAAAAGAUGACAAAAAAUCCGAAGCCAGUCGAGAAAAGGAACCGACUACCAAUGAAAAAAAUGAUAUCAACGGAGUUGAGAAAAUUAAAGACAAUCAAGGGAAAAAAUCGCCCAGUAAUGAGAAAAAAGACGAGAAAACAAAUGCACAAUUACCUGGAUCAUCUCUUGGGUUGCAAAUCGCGCAAGAUAAAUCAUUUUCUUCGUUGAAGGAUAAAGUUUCUUGGAAUACUUUAAAAGCAAUUGAGGAAAAGGGUUUUACUCAAAUGACUGAAAUUCAAGCAAAAGCGAUCCCUCCUUUACUAGAGGGACAUGAUCUUGUUGGUGCUGCCAAAACAGGAUCUGGAAAAACUCUGGCUUUUCUAAUUCCGGCUAUAGAAUUAAUAAAAAAAUUGGAUUUUAAUCCAAAGUAUGGUACUGGAUGUAUAGUUAUUUCACCAACACGUGAACUAGCAAUGCAAAUUUUUGAUGUUCUGGAUGAUUUGAUGAAAAAAUAUCAUUAUAUUACCUACGGCCUUUUGAUGGGUGGAGCAAAUCGCAGUACUGAAGCUUCACAACUAAAAAAGGGCAUAAAUAUUGUUAUUGCAACACCAGGGCGAUUACUUGAUCAUUUACAGAACACUGCGAGUUUCACAUUCAAAAAUCUUAAAUGCUUGGUAAUUGAUGAAGCUGAUAGGAUAUUAGCUGAUGGCUUUGAAGAAGACUUGAAACAAAUCAUUAAACUUCUUCCCAAAAAGCGACAGACAAUGCUCUUUAGUGCCACACAAACUGAAAAAACUAAGGCUUUGACUGCUCUUGCAAUGAAAGAAGAGCUAAUUUAUGUUGGUGUGGAUGACGAUAAAGAUAAAGCCACCAAUGAAGGCUUACAACAGGGUCACGUUGUGUGUCCCAGUGAAAGAAGAUUUCUUAUGUUGUUUGCAUUCUUGAGAAAAAAUCGUAACAAGAAAGUAAUGGUCUUUUUCAGUUCUUGUAUGAGUGUGCAAUUUCAUGAGCUACUUUUAACGUCUAUUGAUCUUCCAGUUCUAUCCAUACAUGGAAAACAAAAACAAAGUAAAAGAUCAACGACAUUUUACCAAUUUUGCAAAGCCAAAACUGGUAUUUUAUUAUGUACAGAUGUUGCAGCCAGAGGUCUAGAUAUUCCAAAUGUAGAUUGGAUUGUUCAAUACGAUCCCUCGGAUGAUGUAAAAGAAUAUAUCCAUAGAGUUGGUAGGACCGCUCGUGGAGAAGGUUCCACUGGUCACGCGUUAUUAAUUCUUCGACCUGAAGAAUUGGGAUUCCUAAGAUAUCUGAAGCAGGCCAAAGUUCCAGUAAAUGAAUAUGAGUUUUCAUGGGACAAAAUCGCAAAUAUUCAAAGUCAACUGGAGAUGUUGAUUUCGAAAAAUUAUGCCCUAAAUUGCGCGGCUAAAGCUGCUUUCAAAUCUUACGUCCGAGCUUACGACUCACAUAGCCUCAAGCAUGUAUUUAAUAUCGAAACUUUGGACUUGGCUAAAGUGGCUAAAUCGUUCGGAUUUGCAGAGCCACCGAUGACCGAUUUAAAAUUGGAAUUGAAAAAGAGUAAACAGCGUCGCCGUAAUGAACGACUACAAAGGCUUUAAAGGCAGGAAUAAAUCGUGGUAAUUUUACACCCGAAAGACUUCCAUGUAAAUUUGUAAAUAUCGUUAACUCCAGUUGGUAAUAAAAGUAUUGUGAAUCGCAAA